AUGUACCCUCGACUGCCCCUGAAAUCCCAUAUUCCACAACACUAUUCAGUGGGUCUUUGGAGCUAUUGCACAUCUGGACAUAACUCUGAGUCCACCUGUUCGGACCCUAGCUUGACAUUUGCUUUUAAUCUGUCUUCCACACUUAGUUCCACUGUAGCAAAAAUGGAAAAGGUACUCCAGCCGGUAGGCGAGUCGACAAUAUCGGGUUAUCGCCAGAUCUCUCACGCCAUUAUCUAUCUAUACAUAUCUAGCCUCGUUGGAAAUACGCUAGUAGCCGCCCUUGGCAUUCAAAAGACUUUCUUUGACAGAGGGGACAGGCUUUUGUCCAUCCUCAGCCCACUGUCUGCGCUUUUUAUCACGACCGCGACGGUUGGGGUGACAGUGAUGUACGGACUAUUUGUCACCGAAGUAAAAGCUAAAUUAAGUGAUAUAGGUGUCAAGGCAAUCCUUGGCUCACGACUUUUUGGGGCCGCAUGGCUGGCAGUUUUCCUAUCUAUCGGAUCAUCGAUCAUUUGGUUGAUACAGCUCUUUUGUUGCUGUAUUUGA